UGGGAGAAGUGUUGGAUCAAAGGAUUGUGCAAAUGUUGAGGUGAAAAGGGUUUGUUUUUGGAUUGAGAAAAGAUGAAGUUUGGAAAAGAAUUUGAGGUAAAUUUGGUCCAGGAAUGGCAGGCUGCAUAUAUGGACUACAAUGGUUUGAAAAAGGUCCUGAAAACAGUACUUCAUCACAGGCAUGAAAAACAGGAAAAAAAGCCCCCAUUGAAAUCAGCAAGAGGGUCAUUGAAGAGAAGGGUGUCAUUGUAUCGGGCGUUUAGCGGGCUAACAAGCCAAGGCUGGGGCGAUUCCGCAAGGAGGGAUGAACCUGGUGGUGGUGGCAAGGUGGAAGAUAGAGUGAUUCUUGUGAACACAGUGGACGACGGGGAAUCAGAACAUGGGAAGUAUCAGACUACAUUUCUGAUGCCAUGCGAUGGAGGAGGAGGAGAGUAUGAGCUUGAGUUUUUCAGGAAGCUUGAUGAGGAGUUCAAUAAAGUAGUUAAAUUCUACAAGAAGAAAGUGGAAGAAGUGAUGGCUGAGGCCGAUGAGUUGAGUAAACAAAUGAAAGCUUUGAUUGCUCUGAGGAUCAAGAUUGAUAAUCCAGUUUUAGGAGGGAAUAAUCUCUCUUCAAUUCAUCCAGCUGAUUCUCCAAAACAUGGUAAGAAAAAAAUUCCCACAUUGAUAAGUCAGUGGCCAGCAAAGGGUGAUCUGAAGGGUUUUAAAGCAGCCUCAUUAAGUGUGUUGGAUCAAGUAAAGAUCAAUGUUGAACCCGAAUCACCAGUUUCGACGCUAAAAAAUGUCCUCAAGACUACAAAAGACAAGAGAUUCACUAAAAGUGAACUAAAGAGAGCAGAAGGACUAUUGACACAGGCUUUUACUGAGUUCUACAACAAGCUUAGACUUAUGAAAAGUUUCUGCUUUUUAAAUCAAGUGGCAUUUGCCAAGAUCAUGAAGAAGUAUGACAAGAUUUCUGAAAGAAAUGCAUCAAAGGCUUACUUAGAGAUGAUUGAUAAUUCGUAUCUUGGCAGCUGUGAUGAGGUUUCUAAGCUCAUGGAAAAAGUCGAAGCUACAUUUGUAAAGCAUUUUGCAAAUGGGAACCACAGAAGAGGAAUGGGCAUUUUAAGACCAAAAUUUAAAAGAGAAAGGCAUACCAUCACAUUUUUCUUAGGUGUACUCUUUGGCUUCUCCCUUGCACUUUCAGUUGGCAUUCUUGUGUCUAUCCACGCCAGACAUCUUCUAAAUAGUCCCGGGCGCAAUAAAUACAUGGAAAACAUAUUUCCACUUUAUAGCUUCUUUGGAUAUAUCAUCUUGCAUAUGUGCAUGUAUGCUGUAGACAUAUACUAUUGGAAUCGUUAUCGUGUAAACUAUGUAUUCAUAUUUGGCUUCAAGCAAGGAACAGAAUUGGGUUUCAGGGAAGUCCUCCUCCUUGGUUCAGGUCUUGCAGUACUUACAUUUGCCGGGGUUGUAUCAAAUUUGGAUAUGGAUAUGGAUCCAAGAACAAGAAGCUUCAGUGCUAUCACUGAACUAGUCCCUUUAGGCCUACUUAUUAUUGUGGGACUCAUUACAUUUUGCCCUUUCAAUAUCAUGUACCGUUCAAGCCGAUUCUUCCUUAUUCAAUGUAUGUUUCGAUGUAUAUGCGCACCCCUUUACAAAGUUACCCUCCCAGAUUUCUUCUUGGCAGAUCAGCUCACUAGCCAGGUGCAGGCUAUUAGAUGUUUGCAAUUCUACAUAUGUCACUAUGGAUGGGGGGACUACAAAAGGAGAUCAAAUUCCUGCAAAGAAAGUGAGAUUUACCAAACAUUUUACUUAGUCGUCGCAACCAUUCCAUAUUGGAUUCGAUUUCUUCAGUGUGUUAGGCGUUUGGUUGAAGAGAAAGAUUCAAAUCAUGCAAUUAAUGGACUAAAAUACUUGUCAACUAUCAUUGCUGUUGCUACAAGAACAGUUUUUGAUCAGAUGAAGACUGGGAAUUUGAAGAUUGCAGCAACUCUUACUUCAGUUUUUGCUACAUGUAUUUCCACAUACUGGGAUCUUAUUAAGGAUUGGGGACUUCUGCAAAGAGAUUCAAAAAACCGUUGGUUGAGAGACAAGCUUCUUGUGCCCAACAAAAAUGUUUACUUCAUUGCCAUGGUGGUGAAUGUUAUACUGAGACUUGCCUGGGUGCAGUCAGUUUUUGGGUUUAAUCCAGCUCCAUUUAUACACAAAAAAAUCUUGUCAGCAAUAGUUGCAAGCCUGGAGAUUUUCCGGCGUGGCAUGUGGAACUUUUUCAGGGUGGAGAAUGAGCACUUAAACAAUGUUGGGAAGUAUCGCGCGUUCAAGUCAGUACCUUUGCCUUUUAACUAUGAGGAAGAAUACAAGGAUGCAUAA